AUGGCCGAUCAAGUAGAUCUCAACAUCGGCGUUGAAGCCCAAGUGCCUUCGACAACUCAGUGGUCCGAACACAAUGCGCCAAACGGACGGAAAUAUUAUUAUAAUGCUUCUACGGGCGAGUCCACUUGGGAACGUCCGGCGGAGCUUAUUGCUCCGCAGACUGACUUGUCACGCGGUAAUCCUCAGCAACAACAGCAACAGCAACAAUCUGUCACGGGAGGAUUCCAACAGCCUCAGCCACAACUGGGUGGCCAAGUCCCGCAAGCGAGUGCCACGGCUUAUGGAGGUUACCCGCAGGCGUAUGGUCAGCCUAUGCAGUACGCACCCCCGUAUGGUGGCAGUGGGUAUAUGUACCCGUUCCCGCAGGCUUAUGGUUACCCUCCCCAGAUUGUGGGCCCUGGUCCUCCGAUCCAAACUACAGAAAGUGGCCAAGGACCCCCUGGUUGCAAUCUCUUUGUAUUUCAUAUUCCAAACGACAUGACCAACCAGGAUCUCUUUAAUUACUUCGCUACGUUUGGCAACGUGAUUAGUGCUCGUAUCAUGGUCGAGAAAGAGACAGGAAGGAGCCGUGGCUUUGGUUUCGUAAGCUAUGACAACGCUCCCUCGGCUGAUGCCGCUAUUAAGGGGAUGAACGGCUUCCAAGUUGGCCGCAAACGCCUUAAAGUGCAGCACAAGAAGGAGAAAAAUCAAAACCCCAUGUUUGGUGAAAUGAUAGACACCGUCAACGAUAUGGCUGUUCAAGGCAGUGGUGGUAACUCGAUGUCUUCGGGUAACUAG